CAACCUCAAAUUUUUGCGGCCACAAACAUCUCUAGUUACAUUUGUUAAAAUUUUGAAAGGUCGUGCGAUUAUUUCAAAAUCGAUUUGUUUAUAUUUGGAACAAUUUGAAUUUAUGAUAAACUAAUACUAUCAAUCAUUACUUCACAAUAUUGAAAAAAUGAAUAGUACUAAUGAUUAUGAAAAGAUACCCAUAUCCAAACAAGAUUUGAAAUAUGUCUACAAUCAAAUCCAUAAUAAUAUUACCUCAAAAUUAGAUCUUCAUCUACCUACAUUAAAUAAUGAUCCUUUAAAAUCAAAGGUUGCAAGUGCAUUAGAUGAAUUUUUAAUGGAAGCGUUUGAUCUUGCCAAAUCUGCUUUCAUAAUAGAUGGUCAGAAUAUUGAAUCAAAUGAAAACAUUGCCAUUUCUGAUUUGUUGGCGUUGAAAGCAAAGGAAACUGUUGAACCAUUUGAUCUCAAUAUAAAUAGUCGUUUAAGAGACGUAUUAUUACAAGUCGAACAAGAGACAGUGGAAUUGACUAGGUUGAGACGUGAGUUACCAUAUCAAGCACAACAAACAUAUGAAAAUCUAGUAACACUUACAGACAGAGAGGUGUCACGUAUGUUAGAAACACUUGAAGAAGUAGAAACUAAGGAACAAGAUGAAACGGAAGGCAAUGUGAUACCGAACUUUUCAGAUAUACUAGAAGAUUAUGAAACUCAUAUCUUAACUUUGAAUGAAUUGAAGAAAGUAAUCCCACUACGUAAAGCAGAACUAGAUAAGUUUGAUGAAACCAUUCAAUUUUUGGAAACAGCUUAUAAAAAGCAACAAACUGAGUUGCAAUAGUGUUAUCUUUAUUACAUUUGUAUAAUUACAUAGCAUACUUCUAACGAAUCUUACGAUACCGUACUGGAAUGUUAACUGUUCAAUGUAGUGUAAACAUCUUAUAUUGUAAGUGCCUUUAAAGCAAACUAGCUCUUGUUUGUAUUUUAAAGGUGAAAAAAAAUU